AUGCGCAGCUACGAGAUCGAACAGGUGAGUGCACAGCACUUGGAAGGGCAGCUCUGCUACAUCGGACGCGCGCCUAGCGUAGUCAUCUGAUCCAUCCUUUCCCACAUUGCCAUUCACUUAGGCUGCGCAUGCGUUCCGCGCUCGGCUGGAGCUGGCCUCGCUGAAGGCGGCGCGAGGUUGGGCUGCACUUAACGUAGAGGAGCUGGAUGGCUCCACGCCCACCACAUCGUCCUUCGCGCAGAUCUCGGAACCAUUGGCGGGAAAUCGCGCAUCGUCGAAGGCAGCUGAGGAGCUUGAUAUGAGUGCGAGUGCUGAGACCGGCGCUCGAAUUUCAGGAUCUGAGCAAGGUGGGAGGAUUGGGCUGGGAAUCGGACCUACUGCACCGCAUGGUGUCCACAUCAACUCACCCUCUCGAGACCAGUCAACUUCUGGACAGCCACAACAUAAUGUCGGUGCAGAGGCACCUGCAACUUCCCACGAUGUCACCCUGCCAUCAUCUCCCAAGCAGCGCUCUGUCACGUCCACUACCACUGCCGCAUCGCCGGACCUGUUCGCCAUGGUGCUGGGAGACGCCAACCUCACUCUUAAUUUGACCAAGCCCGAGUCUCGCUCGACUCCGGCCACGCCUACAAAGCCCUUGCCGGUCAAAGGGACCUCUCGGACCUUGCACAUGCUCGCCUCGUCUCCCCAGCUGGGCUCCACUGCAAGGACUGGCGGCACCGGUCGGAUUCCACCACACUUUGAUCCCCACAACAACACCGAAUCACAUCCUCGCACCCCAGCUCACGGCUCUUCUUCCAGACGCCAGACCCUUGCCAGUCCUGCCCUCGAUUCUCACAAACGGGCUCCCUCUGGAACAGCACCCAGCACGCCAAGUCGCGGUACGCUUCCCAAUGGACAUGCAGCCAGCUCUUUAGCCUAUGAUCUCGGUCUGGCACGGGAAUCAGGAACACCUAAGCGGACUGGUCCUCUCAACAGCGAGGAGUUUGGCGACCUCAGCGUUCGUGCCAAGCAGCAAGGUCGCGUGAGCGUUAGAAAGGAGGGGUUGGUUAACCAAAACCAGACAGAGACGGAUAGAGUGGCAGCAGUGUUGGCGUCUAUGGCAGACAAGAGGGCGGACUCGUCGAUGAGCCCACCUAGCAAGCCAAGAGAGAUGACGCCCGGCAGAGCUCCAUUCGGCUCGGGCGGUGCGAUCACUCGCGCAAAUGGGUCUUUUGCCGAUCCCAACAGCUUCACGCCGCGAGGAAGGACGCCAAGUGGCGAUCCACAUACACCAUCUAUGCGGUCCAAGGGCGGCGCUGUCAUCGGCAAAAGUCCGAGCGGCCCACACUCAGUCAAACAUUCAGAGAGUCCUCGCAGCCGUUAUCGCCCGCAUGAACACGAAGAUGGCGAAACAGCUGCUCAACUGAUGCUUUAUCUCGCACACUCGCCCAGCCCAGCCCAGGAAGCCAAGUUUAAAGGCGCCACACCGAGCCUUCGGAACGAUCUUAGGCCUUCUGCUACCUCGCAAAGACUUGCGCAUGCAGUCGUCAAUCGGUCGAGCGAAAGCAGCGCAGAGGGCGCAGUCAGAGCUAGGAGCACCAUUGGACGAGCUCUAUGGUCAGAUAGCGAAGACGAGCCCAACUCGGAUGGCAUGCUUGCGAGCGAGCCUUCUUCACAGGAGAGCACUGCCAGCCGUCUGGCACCUGCGGCCCCACUCAGCUUUGACGCUUUGCCUCGCAGCCGAAACGGUAUUGACCACAUUGCCACUGGUCAGAUGGCAGAGGCAGCAUUCCAGGAUGGCGACAAGCUAUCUCAAGGUGUCGGAGAUGCGGAUGGUGAUCAUGACAUGAGCGAGCCAGAGCGCCGCUCAUCCACCGCGAGCAUGUCGACUUCGCCAGACCGGUCUUCGAGCUCUCAGAGAGCGCCUACCACACCACCUCGCGUACUGGAAGCGCCGACCACGCCUGGUGCGCCUGGACCUAAGCGAGCGGUGGACUUGACCAAUCCAUCCGACUUCUCGCUGCAAGACUUCCUGAACGUUAGCCCUUCGCCCAAGCCUCGAUCCAGGCUGCACUCUGGGCAAUUCACACCAUCCAGUACCCAACUUGAAGGCGGUGUCUGGCUCGAUGCUCCCACCUCGAGCUGGAAUCUCGGUCACGGGGACGAAGGCGUGCAGGGCGGACCCGAUAGCCUUGCUACCAUGCUCAACACGCAGCUCCAAAACGGAGUACCCUUGCGUGCGCAUGCUACACCUCCCAGACCUCUUCGGUCGCGCUUCUCCACCCUCGAUCACUCUCAAGACGGAUUCAGGAGCCUGUUGGACUCGGGAUUCUCGAUGAGCGGUGCCGGACACCUGCACAAGAGUCCUCGUCUAAGGGAGAUGGGCGAAGAGGAAGACACCCCGUCGAAGAAGAGACGCAGGAUCGGACUAUUCCCUUUGAACGAGGAAGCGUCCGAAUGA